AUGGCGAGACCCCAUACCGGGGCCCCGGGUGGGAGAGAUGAGACGGAGGCACCCCUGAGGCGACCAGUCCCAGAACUUGAGGCCGCGGAAAAUUCAGGCACCGGCGGCGCCGCACACGUGUUCCAGGCGACCCACUUGGGCAGAGGAAAGGUAGCAGCGCUGACUGGGUUUAGGCCCCGCACCUGGAUCCAGGCCAAUCUCUGCCGAGGUUUGCUCAGGCUUCAGAAGAGGCUUGCCUCCAGCAUCCUCUGCUGUGGCAAAAAGAAGGUCUGGUUGGACCCCAACGAGACCAAUGAAAUCGCCAAUGCCAACUCCCAUCAGCAGAUUCGGAAGCUAAUCAAAGAUGGGCUGAUCAUCCGGAAGCCUGUGACUGUCCACUCCCGGGCUCGAUGCCAGAAAAACACCUUGGCCCGCAGGAAGGGCAGGCAUAUGGGCAUAGGUAAGCGGAAGGGUACUGCCAAUGCUCGAAUGCCUGAGAAAGUAACCUGGGUGAGGAGGAUGAGAAUCCUACGCCGGGUACUCAGGAGAUACCGUGAAUCGAAGAAGAUCGACUACCACAUGUACCACAGCCUGUACCUGAAAGUGAAGGGGAAUGUGUUCAAAAACAAGCGGAUUCUCAUGGAACACAUCCACAAGCUGAAGGCGGACAAGGCUCGCAAGAAGCUCCUGGCUGAUCAGGCGAGCCCCAAGGAAGCUCGCAAGCGCCGGGAAGAGAGACUCCAGGCCAAGAAGGAGGAAAUCAUCAAAACUCUGUCCAAGGAGGAAGAGAGCAAGAAAUAGAGCUCCCCCUCUCUUACCCGUACAUAGUGGCCUUGGCAAUUACAUGGAUCGGCCGUCGAA